GCUCGGCCACGCUACCUCGUUGACUACCAUACGAGAUGUUUUCUAGCUACACAUACGCACUCCCCCAGAUAGCUGGAACGACUCGUUCUGCAGUCAUUGUGUAACCUUUUGCAGAGCAAUUGAGAACGGCGUCUGGCGCGCAAAAGGUGACUCGAAAUCAUCGAUAGGUCAGCCGUUGUAACAGCUAUUGUGAUAGGUCAUCGAUCGAGCGUUGGCGCUACUUCGCCGUACAUCCCCGCGGAUUGUACAUGAGGAUCCGAUAGAUCGCAUUCGGCACUGGAGUAAGUGGGCAGCCGCGGUGGAGCACACUUUUUGUGCUUGAGCUUGAGUCGGUGAAAAGCUGCUCUCGGCGCACGACACUCCGUGGUAUUUGGGAGAGGAAGCCGAGGAGAAGUUACGCAAAUCGCCUGGACGCCAUGCCCGGACGCCCACUUUGGCAGGUUGCCGGCAAGCGAGAAGCGAGCCAAGAAGCCGAAGCCCAACAAUGGGUCGAAACGGUGGUCGGCGAAAGAUUUCCACCAGGCGUGAGUUACGAGGAUGCUUUAAGGGACGGCGUGUUGCUCUGUAAGCUCAUGAACAAACUGCAGCCUGGCUUGGUUUCCAAGAUCAACACCUCCGGCGGAGAUUACAAGAUGAUGGACAAUCUUAAUCAGUUCCAGAAGGCUUGUGUGAAGUACGGAGUACCUGACGUCGAUCUCUUCCAAGCUGUCGAUCUGAUGGAACGUAAGAACAUCGCCCAAGUAACAAACACUAUUUUUGCCAUAGGACGAACGACCUACAAACAUUCUGAAUGGCGCGGUCCUUGGUUGGGGCCAAAACCGGCCGAGGAGAACAAAAGAGCUUUCACGGAGGAGCAGCUAAGGGCUGGUGAAGGGCUCAUCGGUCUACAAGCUGGUACUAACAAAGGAGCGACUCAAGCGGGGCAAAACUUUGGGGCCUCGAGAAAGAUACUUCUUGGAAAAUAAUUUAUAGAGUUUGCACUUUUAAAAUCUCUGUUAGAGGUAUAUUUUAUUCAUAAAAAAUAAUCUUUUAAAUGGAUGUAUACGUAAAAAUAGUGCAAAGUUACGUAAUUGAAAGCGUUACAUUUAGCCAUACAUGUUUGAAGCCGUACACUUGUGAAAAAAAGAAACGGUAUUUUACAACAUUUCGAUGAUUACACGCGAUUGAAAAUUUUAACAAUACAUUGAGGAACGUGACAAAUAAUAUAAAUGCAUUAACGUUAGAUAUGCUAAUUUGUGUUUAAUAGAAUAAUACCCAUUUAACAUGUGACAUAAUGUAUUUAACGAAAUGUAAUAAACAUUGUAUGACAAUUUA